AGCCAUUUUGGCUCAAGUCGUUCUGGCUCCUUUGGUCGCGAGCGCUCUCAAAACUCUGCCCGUCGGCCCGCAGCCGGCGCCACCUCCCGCGCGUCCUCGCCAUGGCCCUGCGCCGCUUCAACCAGGGCGGCAAGAAGCAGAAGGAACUGUCAGAGGAGCAGAAGCAGGAGAUCAAGGAGGCGUUCGAUCUGUUUGACACGGACGGCUCUGGUGAGAUUGACUCGAAGGAGUUGAAGGUGGCCAUGCGAGCCCUCGGCUUCGAGCCGAAGAAGGAGGAGAUUCAGAAGAUGAUCUCUGACGUAGACGACGACGGCAGCGGGACCAUCGGAUACGAGGAGUUCCUCAAGAUGAUGACGCACAAGAUUUUGAAUCGUGACCCCAAGGACGAAAUAUUGAAGGCUUUCAGGCUCUUCGAUGACGACGAGACCGGCAAGAUAUCCUUCAAGAAUCUGAAACGUGUGGCGAAGGAGUUGGGCGAGCGGAUGACAGAUGAAGAGUUGCAGGAAAUGAUCGACGAGGCCGACCGGGACGGCGACGGGGAGGUCAACGAGGAGGAGUUUCUCCGAAUCAUGAAGAAAACCAACCUGUUCUGAGCGGCAAUCCUAUCUCCUAAACGGUAUGAUACCGGGAGAGCCAUCGCCACUGUACGAUUGGCCAACGGUGCGGCUGCAGUUGAUUCACCCGUGCACUGACGACACACACUUGGCUUGGAGGCCCUCCAGUGCCCCCGCAGAGUUAUUCACUUCGACGUGUAGGCCACGUGGCGCGGUACCGUUUGACCGACUGCCAGGGGAAAAACAUGAGCGAGCAGCUGGGGGCACCUUGGGCCAGGGGCACCUGUAGCAGCCC